UUCAGUGCUGUUUCUUCAAAAUUUAACUCGGUUUCAUCACAACACAAAUUAGUUCUCUUCAAUCACAGAGCUAAAAACUGAUGGUGAAAGGCGCUGAAUCCGUCCAGCCCAAAAAUGGGCCCGAAUCGAAACAAGGAGCAUCAGUGGAGGUCGGCGGCGGCCGUGUGCGGAUUAACGUGGAGCUGAAUCCCUGGAAGACCACGAUUGUUUCCUGGAAAAAGAUUCUCAAAAGAGCUAAUUUGAGUGAGGCCAAUGGGCCCGGUCCGUCAGCUCCAGGCCCGUCUUUUGAAGCCCGUGGCGACGACACGCCAAAUCCUCUUGCGGCAGCAUCUCAAAUGAAUGAGACGGGCAACAGGGAUGAGGAGGAUCUUGUUAUUGACAUCAUGCCUAAUGAUGAUGACUACGACACCGAUAAUUCUUUCAUUGAGGAUACUGAGUUGGAGCAACCUCCAAAUAUUACAAAUCUUGAAAAUGCCUUUGGAGAGUUGGAGAAGAUAGUUAAACAAUUUAGACCACCUCCUACAGAUCCUCAAGAUCCUGCUAAUCAAUUUCAAUCGUGCAAAAAGAGAUUGCCUACAGAAAUAAAACUGGAGCUUGCAAAAGUGGCUAGAAUAGCGGGCUCCUGCUAUAGACGGAUUCCAAAGGAUGUGAUCAGCCGUCUAAUGAGCAUUUUGGGCCACUUGAUGAAGAUUACAACACUGAAGAAGUAUGUCGAGGUGGAAUGCUAUGUCUUGGCUGAGACAAAUCCAAAAUGUUAAAGACAUGUGUUCCAAAUGAACUCCUCUUAUGAGAUG